CCCUCCCCAACCUCACACCCAACUCUCCAAACAACGCCCCUCCCUCACCUCGUUACGAACACCCCCAGAAUUAAAAUGGAACCCCUAACCACCGCCCCCGACACAACAACCUUCACCCCGCUCGCGGAGCACCAAUCCCGCACGCCCAGCUCCUUCCACACGGGGCCAGCCAUCCUCUACUACCACCGCCGGGACUGCCACCUCGUGGUCCUCGAGCGCGACCUCCUCGCCAACCCGACCCUGCGCGCCUUGCAAGCCAGCAGCACCACGAAUGGCGCCGUCAUCAGCACCAGCACCAGCACCAGCACCACCGCUACAAGCGAAGAGGAUGCAACCCCCAAGGAACUAACGCUAUCCAACAUCACCGUCUGGGUUACCUCCGAAAAAUUCCUUCUCUACUCCCCCACCACAAACGCAGGGCUCUCAAUCCCCUACCCCUCCAUCUCGCUGCACGCCAUCCAACGCCUGCGUCUCCCAGCUUCCUCCGCAACCGCUGCCAGCCAGGCAGAAGAACAGCAACAGCAACAAGGCCUCUACAUGCAGAUCGCCACCCCCUCCACCGGGGGAUUCUCCGCCGAGGACGACGAGGAAGAAUGCACGAUUCUGACGCUGGUGCCGCCUUCACAGCCGCAACAAGGGAAGAGUGAAGGGCUCGGUGCGGAGACCGAAACGGAAACGGAAACGGAAACUCCCACGCAGGCGCUGUAUGCUGCGGUGUCGGCGUGCUCGAACCUGCAUCCGGAUCCGGUGGAGCCCGGGGAUGAGGAUGAGGAUGAGGACGAAGACGAAGGACAAGAAGACAGUGCAUUGUUGCAGUCCGGGUUGAUUGCCAUGGGGAAUGGGGCGGGCGGGUUGCCGCCCCCGAUGGAUGGGAGUUCCGGGUGGAUCACGGCGGAGAACAUGCAUGAGUUUUUCGAUGAGGAGGGGAAUUGGAUCGGGGGCGGGCAGGAGCCGACGUUGUCUCUGGGUCCCGGGGCGGGAACGGUAAGGCAGAGGGAGGAGGACGGUGCGGUAGCGCAGCAGGAUGGUGAUAUGAAUGGGGAGGCCGAGAGUGAGGAGACCAAGUGGAGGAGAACGGAUUAGUUGCACGAUGCUUCAGGCCUCUAUACAG